AUGCACUCCGGAGUACAAGUAGGCCCGAGCAGCAAAGUGGCGGAGAACGCUCCGUCCUGCGACCUGGGCAGCCUUUUCAAGUGGUGGCUCAAUCCCAGCAGGAUCUUCCGCACCCCGAACCGCAAGCUGCAAGAUAAGACGCCUGUCGUCGUGGUGGGAUCUGGCGCCUAUAGUGGCGACAGGACGACCGAGUUUGUGAUGAUGGCAAUGAAAAAGUUGCUCUACUUCUCCUACCGCAGCUGCUUCCCUCCCUUGCCGAACGGGUCUACGACAGACACCCGCUGGGGCUGUCUGCUGCGCACCACACAAAUGCUCAUUGGCACCUGCCUUCUGCGGUAUCACUGCAAGGGUGCGUACGUGUUGCCAGAGGCGGACAACGCUGAGCUCAAGGCGAAUAUAUCGAGGUUGUUCAUGGACGUUCCAUCCGCCCCGCUUGGCAUCCACAGGGCAGAGGAUGAGGCUCACAAGAACUGUGUCAAGUACGCGAGUAUGCUUUCCCCCACUGAGGCGGGCAUGGCGAUGGCAGCCGCCUUGAUUGCGUGUCACGCCGAGGGUGGGGAUGUGCCAUUCACAUUUUCCUGCGAGAACCGUAACAUCGAUGAGCCAGCAGUGGUGGCAAAGCUCUUGGAGGGCCAGCACGUUAUUCUUAUUAUUCCUGUUGUCUUGGGCCUUGCACCCUUGUCGGACAAGUACGAGUCCAUGAUGCUCAAGAUUCUCGACAUGAAGGCAUGCUGCGGCAUCGCGGGAGGCUUCAAGCAGGCAUCCUUCUACAUGUUUGGCCACCAGGGCCGCAAAGUCUUCUUCAUGGACCCACAUUAUAUCCAAAAGGCCUAUACGUCUGACAAGACCGCCGGCACCCUGUACGGGGCUCGCGGUGACCUGACGGCGCGCAAGUUUGACCCAUGCAUGGUUCUUGGCUUUUAUCUUCACACUCUGGAAGACUACCGCGUCUUUGCGGAAGAACUGGCGGUGGUCAACUCCCUUGUAACUUUUCCACUCAUCAGUUGGAGCCACAAAUCGUCGAAGGUGACGCCUCUCUCCGACGAACGUGCCAUUUCUUUGGAGGGGAACGCGGAGAGCGCUACGGCACACGGGAACGAGGAAGAGCAGCACGGGCCGAAUCCGUUCGCUACUGAUGCGAGGCACGCCACAGGCUUGAAUCUGAGCUUUUCUCCAGAGGCUGUCGUAGCGCCAUGA